GUAUAGGGGUGCACACUAGCAAAAAUUCCCGUCAUGAUUAUCACUAUCAGAUAGAACUAAAGGUAGUAGAACUUCGACUUGUACAACUGCAGAGAAUUCUAACAAGGAACAGAUCAUAUACAGUAAUACGGAUGAGCUAGGUGCAGGAGUUGAAGAUUAUCUUUGUACAGAGUGGCCGGACAAAAGUGGCGCCCAGGGGUUCCUUGGUCAUCACUUUUGGCCACCGCUUCCCGGUCCGCCGCGCGAAAGUGAUGGCCAAGAACUCCUUGGCCAGCAGUCACUUUUUGCCUUCGCUUUGUUUCCGGGUCGGCGGCAAAAGUGGUAGAUGGCGAAGAACUCCUUGGCCAGCGAUCACUUUUCGCCAUCGCUUUCCGGCCCGGCGGCAAAAGUGAUGGGCAAAAGCAGAAGCCCCUUGGUCAUCACUUUUGGCCAUCUUCAGCCAUUUUAUUUCCGGCCCGCCGGGCAAAGAUGGCGGCCAAGAAUUCCUUGGCGAUCUCUUUUUGCCAUCGCUUUCCGGCCGGGCAAAAGCAAAAGGGAUGCCCAGGAGUUCCCUGGCCACUACUUUUCGCUCGGGCAAAUGUUGGGGCCAAGAGCUCCCUGCCCUGUCUGGCCAUCACUUUUGGCCAAGCCCAAAUUGGAAAGCGCAACCGCUCUCAAGUCCGGGCGCGCAAAAGGGGCUGACGCCGGGACCGCAAAAGCGCUAAAGCGGCGAGGCCGCCAAGGCACGCGCAGGCCGGCCCAGGCGCACCAAGCAAUCUCCCUCGGGGCAGCCCAUGCACAAAGCAAAAUCGCACCAGUCCCGCGGGCGCGCCGGAAGGUCGUGCCUGGGUCUGUGUAGCCCUCGCUCGCUGUGCUUUUGCUUUCUCUUGCGGCGCUGCCUCCCCUUCUUCUGACGCGAAUUCCGGGGCCUUUUGUGCCUAUUUCUGUCUGUGCCAUGCCUUCACCUUCUAACCAACCAAAAUAGCGCGAGUGGCGCGCGCUCCAUAUGUGGAACUAUUUUUCAAGCUACUAGCCCAGCCGGCGUCCUGGACGCCGGCGUCUCUGGGCUAGUAUACAGUAAUACGGAUGAGCUAGGUGCAGG